AACCCGAGUGACUGAAGCAGGCAAAGCAAGAGACGUGGCCGAAGCAUACGAGUAACCUGUGCGCCUAGCCAAAGAACCGCUCAGUUCGGAUACUGAUCUGGGAUAGAUACACCACCCCGAAGGGUUUGUACAUCCCCAGACUAUCCGACAUGAUGUAUCAGGGCUUCACAGCUGACUACGAUGCGUCUUCCUCACGAUGCAGUAGCGCCUCUCCGGCUGGGGACAGCCUCACCUACUAUCCAUCCCCAGCGGACUCUUUCUCCAGCAUGGGUUCGCCUGUCAACGCACAGGACUUCUGCACCGACCUAGCUGCUUCCAGCGCCAACUUCGUCCCCACUGUGACCGCAAUCUCUACAAGUCCAGACUUGCAAUGGAUGGUACAACCCAUCUCUUCAGUUGCUCCUUCCCAGAACCGAACUCACCCCUACAGCCUCCCUGCUCCUUCAACCACCGCGUACUCCAGGGCUGGCAUAGUCAAGACCACGGGAAGCAGAGGGCAAAGCAUUGGCCGGAGAGGCAAAGUUGAACAGCUGACGCCGGAGGAGGAGGAAAAAAGACGGAUCCGGCGGGAGAGGAACAAGAUGGCAGCUGCUAAAUGCCGCAACCGGAGGAGGGAGUUGACCGAUACCCUUCAAGCGGAGACAGAUCAGCUGGAGGAAGAGAAGUCUGCGCUGCAGACGGAGAUCGCUAAUCUCGUCAAGGAGAAGGAGAAGCUGGAGUUCAUCCUGGCCGCGCAUCGCCCCGCCUGCAAGAUCCCGGAGGAGCUCCAGUUCUCCGAGGAGCUGGCCGUCUCCUCGCUGGAUCUGCUAGCCGACGCGACCGGGGCUAGCUCUCCGGAGUCUGAGGAAGAGGCCUUCGCCCUCCCCAUGCUGCAGGAGCCGCCCCAGGCCGAGCCCGUCAAGGAGCCCGCCAGCGCCCUGGACCUGAAGGCCGAACCCUUCGACGACUUCCUCUUCUCACGCGCCUCCCGCGAGACGCCCCGCUCCGUGCCCGACGUGGACCUGUCCGGCUCGUCCUCCUUCUAUGCCGCGGACUGGGAGCCCCUGGGGGCGGCGGGCAACGCGGAUCUGGAGCCCCUUUGCACCCCGGUGGUGACCUGCACGCCCUGCCCCAGCGCCUACACCUCCUCCUUCGUCUUCACCUACCCGGAGACCGACUCCUUCCCCAGCUGUGCCGCCGCGCACAGGAAGGGGAGCAGCAGCAACGAGCCUUCCUCCGAUUCACUCAGCUCGCCCACCCUGCUGGCCUUGUGAGAGGGCGGCCUCCUGGAGGAACAACCGCAGGCUCAUCGCGGGGGAGACCGAGCCCCUCAUCUUCUUUGCUGCUGCUGCUGCUGCUGCAUGGGGCCUUAGGCCGCGGAGGAGCCGCCCUCGUCCUCCCGCGGAGCUCCGAGAUCUCACCCAAGGCCUGGGAAGACAAAGGCCUCCGUUCCGGCGUCUGGUACGGGCAGCCCAUCUGGAGUGAAAUGACUUUGCUAAGGGACUGCUCUGCAGCCUGCCACAAGGCCUGAUACCUCUUCCAGAGAUGUAGCAAAAUCGCAUGGAAUUUUUGUCUUGUUCCCCCAUCCAUGAGAACCGGUAGUUUUUGUAGCAUGUUCAACAUGGCUGGGUUGGUGACUCUACCCUUCCCUUCCUUAAUAUUCACUAGCGUUAACUAAUUAAUCUGUUGGUUUAAAUGAUUGGAAUUUUUAAUAUGGUGCUGGGUAUCUUCAACUCGUUAUCUAGUGCAGCUGAUUAACAAUAACUACUGUGUUCCUGGCAAUAUUGUGUUUUUGAUGACUUAGCAAUGACCCAACUUUAACUGCGAGAAAAAGAGACUAUUUUAUUUUCUAGUAGAUGAAUAAAUAGCUGUGUUGUCCAUGUACUAUAGUUCUCCUUGUACAUCAACGUUCAUCGUAACUUUAACUGAUCAUACAUUGUUGAAGUGGUCUGAGAUUGUUAGAUGGUUUUUGGCAUAAGUUUUCCAUGAAAACGUUUUUAUUGUGUGUUUAAUUUAUUUAUGGAGAUAUUUAUAUUUUUAUUUUAAUUUUUUCUACCUUGAGGUAUUGACAUGUGGAAAGUGAAUUUGGAUGAAAUUUAAGCAUUGUUUGCUUAGUGUUCAAGACACUGUCAAUAAAGCAUUUAAGCUGAAUGCUA